GAGAGAGAGAGAACGCGCGGGACUGAGAGGAGGAGGAGAGCCGGAGCGGACGGACGGACGGACGGAGGGCAGGCCGGGCCUGACGACGACGGCGGCUGAAGGAAUAGGAAGAAGAAGAUGGCGGACGGGGACAGCGGGAGCGAGCGAGGGGGAAGCGGCAGUGGCAGCGGUGGUGGCGGCGGAGGCGGCGGCGGUGGCGGCGGCGGCGGGUUCCAGGGCCACCGCGGCGGCGGCGGCGGAGGCGGAGGAGGAGGCGGCGGCGGCCCGGAGCAGGAGACGCAGGAGCUGGCGUCCAAGCGGCUGGACAUCCAGAACAAGCGCUUCUACCUGGACGUGAAGCAGAACGCCAAGGGCCGCUUCCUGAAGAUCGCCGAGGUGGGCGCCGGGGGCUCGAAGAGCCGCCUGACUCUCUCCAUGGCGGUGGCCGCCGAGUUCCGGGACUACCUGGGCGACUUCAUCGAGCACUACGCGCAGCUGGGGCCCAGCAGCCCCGAGCAGCUGGCCCAGGCCUCGCCCGGCGGGGAGGACGGCGCCGGCGCCGGCGGGCCCCGCAGGGCCCUCAAGAGCGAGUUCCUGGUGCGCGAGAACCGCAAGUACUACCUGGACCUGAAGGAGAACCAGCGCGGCCGCUUCCUCCGCAUCCGCCAGACCAUCAACCGUGGGCCGGGAGGCGGCGGCGGCGGAGGAGGCGGAGGCCCGGGCUUCCCCGGAGGCCCGCCGGGCCUGCAGAGCGGCCAGACCAUCGCCCUGCCGGCCCAGGGCCUGAUCGAGUUCCGCGACGCCUUGGCCAAGCUCAUCGACGACUACGGGGCCGACGAGGACGAGCUGGGCGGCGGCGGCGGCGGCGGCGGCGGCCCCGGCGGCGGCGGCCUCUACGGCGAGCUCCCCGAAGGCACCUCCAUCACGGUGGACUCGAAGCGCUUCUUCUUCGACGUGGGCUGCAACAAGUACGGCGUCUUCCUGCGCGUCAGCGAGGUGAAGCCCUCGUACCGCAACGCCAUCACGGUGCCCUACAAAGCCUGGGCCAAGUUCGGCGGAGCCUUCUGCCGCUACGCCGACGAGAUGCGAGACAUCCAAGAGCGACAGCGGGACAAGCUCUAUGACCGACGAGCAGGACCCGCCGGACCGGGGAGCGGCAGCGGAGCUGGAGACGAUUCUGAUGGAGACGACGUGGACGACGACUGAGCCUCUCCUCCUCCCCUUCGCCCCAUCGCUUUGACAACCCCUUUCCCUCCCCAGCCACCUCCGCUCAGUCGGGGAGGUUGCCAUGGAUGGGGGACUGGGUGGAAACAGAACGAAACCUGAUCCCAAGCUUUCUUCCUCCCCUCUUCCUCCUUCUCCUCUUCUGUCAUCGAGGAGAGGGAGAGAGGGAGCUUCAAGAUUACCUGCAUAUACCCACCGACCUGCACCAUUUUCGGAGCGGCCCCCUAACUUCCUCAUCUCUGACCCCUUUUAUUUUUUCUGGGGAUAUAGCAUUUAUCAGCCUGUCAGCCCUUCCUCCGAAACUGGGCUUUACAUCAUCAUUGCCCUCCCCUGCAGAGAGGAAUCCUUGUGACCUCAAUUAACCUAGACCCAAGCCCAUGGUGAAGAAAAGGGGAUCCCUUCCAUCUAAAUCUGCCCUAGCCUUCCAAGGUUCCUCAUCUACCUAAUGACUGAAGUGUUUUAUUUUGGGGGAAGGGAGGGAGAGAAGUUGCCUUCUUUCUCUCCCAUACCCUUCACUCUUGCAUUUUUGAGAUCGUGCCCCUCCACUCUUGAAACCAGCAUUCUGGAGACUACAUGGCCACUGAGCACAGUUUGAAGGAAGAGUAGAAGCCACCACAGCUGUCCAGAUCAUUGGGGUGAGGGUUCCGGGGUGGGUGCAGAUCCUAAUGGGGCAAGUUGUAAGGAUUAACAAUCAUGAUUUAGCCCAACAGAAAUGGG